CCAUAAUAUUAAAUUAAUAUUCCCAGUUUAGUCGGAGGACGAUAAGCGAGGCGAAAUGUGGACACUCACCAUUCUGCUAGUCGCCUGUUCUAGCGAAAUAAUAUGGGCUCAAUCAAGUCCGCCCUGUAUCCUGGAAGGGGGUGGGUUGGGGGGUUGUGUGGAGACAGAGCAGUGCGAUCCAAACACCAACACCAUCAUUGAAGACGGCUCCAACAUCAUUAACGCGCGGAAUGAUGGGGACGUGAUCAAAUGCCCACAGCCGCAAGUGUGCUGCGCCUAUAUGCGCAGCGAAAUGCGAAGCGCUGCCACCGAGGAGGACCUCUGUACCAAUUCAAGCACUUGUUGUGGCGUCCAAAGGCGUGUAGACAUCCCUGGCUAUGUCAAGCAAAGGACCAACGAGGCCGACCCUGGCGAGUUUCCCUGGGUUGUAGACUUGAUGAUGAGAUCUAUAGAUAAAGUAUACCAGUAUGCUGGCACUGGCUCUCUGAUCCACACGCGCGUAGUCUUAACAGCGGCCCACAUUGUGUAUGGAAAAGACACAAAUCUUUUGCUGGUCAUCACCGGAGACCACGACCAGGAGAAGGCUGUGAUGAAGAAGAAAGGAAAGGUAGUCACGGAAGUGGUCAUUCACCCUCAAUUUAAUAGAGGUAAUGGUGAUUACAACUAUGCACUAGCCUUCCUGAGAAAAUCAGCUCUAGCGGACGGACUGCCUCAUGUUGGGACUGUGUGUCUACCCCCUGCGGGCUACGUGCCCACAGCUGGGACGCGCUGUAUCUUUUCUGGAUGGGGGGUGGACUCGAACUUGAUUAAUCAGCAACAAUUGGUCAAGACUGAUGUUCCAAUGAUGGCUCACGGAGCGUGCGAGCAGAGACUCCAGCAGGACCCAAGUCUGGGACCUGGAUUCAGGCUGCUAGACUCCCUCACUUGUGCAGGGGGGGAGGUGGGGCGCGACAUCUGCGGGGGAGGGGGAGGUUCACCCUUAGCGUGCCCGAUGGAGGACUAUCCGGAGCGCUACGUUCAGAUCGGGAUAGUCACCUGGGUGACUUCUGGGUGCGGCAUCAAUGGGUCCCCAACCGUCUUUGCCGACGUCUCCAAGGUCCGCUCUUGGAUAGAUCAGCAGUUGGCUAACAGAAGUUUUUAUAUUAACUGAUACUAACAUUACAGCCUACAGGUAUUGCCAUAUUAAAUAAAAAAUAUGUCUCUGCAAUAUUGUGUUU